AAGGCAACCAGAAGAAGCACAUCGCCUUCGAAACACCCCCGAGUCCUCUUCCGCGAAACCACACCAUGCCACCCCACCGCUCCCCCUCCCCCACCUUCUCCAUCUCCACCACAGCCUCCGACCGCGCCCUCGCAAACGACCUCUUCAACCCCUUUGGAAUCUUCCGCAAACCAACCUUUGUCCACCAGUACGCCUCUCCCUCUCCCAUCCCACCCAUCUCCCACCCAACCACCUAACCCC